UCCCAGUGCAGCGGAUCUUGGGAACCUAUUCUUAGAGGAACUAUUUGGGGGAAAACAAAGGAGUCACCAUUGCAGGGUGAACUGUUUAAAAGGCAGAGAGCUCCAUUCCGACAAGCAAGAGAAAAGGCAGAUUUCCCCCUCCUCCCCCUCCGCCAUCCAGUGCCAUUUGGACUGACUCCAGUACAAGGGAAGGAAAUGUCGCUCUCUGACUUCACGUUUCCACUGGUGAUGUGAAGUAUAGUUCAUUUGGAUCCCAGAUCUACCAAGUGAGCGCAUGCCGUUCGCUGCCUUUCUGGAGGGGCAGGUGGGAACCCUCCUCUGUCUGCCGAGAAUCCUUUGAUUCCACGUCCUUUCCCUCUCCUGCCAUCUGCCUCUGUCUGCAGCUUGAAUAGCCUUUGAAGGAAACACCGUAGUGUGGCUGUUUUUGCUCCUGCGAGGCCCAGAGGUUGCAUGGAUGGUUGAUCAGACCUGCUCGGCGUCAGUUCUGCAAUGCUGUUUUAUCAGUUCAAUCUGUCUACUGUAAGGGAAGUCGAGGCCAAGAAAGCUUGUGACUGGCUGCGUGCAGCAGGAUUUCCUCAGUAUGCACAACUUUAUGAAGACUCGCUGUUCCCUAUUGACAUCACGUCCGUGAAGAAAGACCACAGCUUUCUGGACCAGGAUUCCCUCAAAUCCCUUUGCAGGAGGCUGAUGACACUGAACGCAUGUGCCUCUAUGAAGCUGGAAGUCCACUUUCAGCGUAAACAGAAUGAAGACUCAGAGGAGGAAGAUCUUUGUGCCAUCAGCGACCGAUGGGCCUUCCAGAGGGACAGCAAAAGGUGGUCCAGAAUUGGCUCUGUCGACUUCCUCUCCCACAGUCCAGAGGUGCUGAACUCCACCAUGCAUCAGACAUCCAGCCGUGAGAGCAUCCUUACAGACCCCAGUGCCACUUCGCUCCACAGCAAUAUCAGCACAGGCAGCACUGGUGGCACAGUUGGCAUUGUGGCCAUCCCGCCUGACGUGUCACCCAGCCAGGACUCUCCAAACAUCACCAAAUCCAGCCAGAGCUUGAGUGACCACUCCGCGAUAAACCAAUCCCCAAACCAGAGUGCGAGUUCUAAGGACAAGUCCAAGAAGCGGAGGUCCCGCAGCUUCCUAAAAAGGAUUGAGUCUUUCCGAAGGAAGGACAAAGAGAAAUCUGACUCCAAAGCAAAGGAUGCCACUAGUGGCGGGACAGCGACCAAACCAGGGUGGGACUCUGCGAAGAGUAAUGGGGACCUUACUGCUGCCACGACCACCUCCCCCAAAAGAGGAAUGUCCUCCUCUUUUCAUGGCAACAAACACUUUCUCUCGGUGGGAUAUAGGACUAAUCGCGUGUCAAACUGGGGCGAGAGGAAGCCGGGCUCUGAACUGAGACGCGGUGCGGUCUAUCUGGAGGAUUAUGAAACGGUCCUGAAAAAUAGCACCAGCUGGGCUGCUGGAGAACUGCACCAGCGGCCCGUGUACAAGGGCGACUGCCUGAUCCACCUCCCUGGGGACCACAAGCCGGGGACGUUCCCCAAAUCUCUCUCCAUCGAAAGCUUGUGUCCUCUCGAUGGCAGCCCUUUGGCCCACUGGAAAGCUGGGAACAAAGCGGUGGGACUUUCGGGGUGUGGAGUGGGUGGCAGCAGCAGCAGCAUGGGCGACUCCUCGCCACGGGGCUUUGCGUGCCGGCAGAGGCGGGGCUCCUGCAGCUCUGUGGGCAGCCGGGCGAGCGUGUACGACAACGUGCCUGAGUUUGGCAGCAGCGAAGAUUUCUUCAGCAUGGAUGGGGAGGUGAGCUACAAAAACCUCGAUGACAUCUUGCAGGAUGUCUGGGGGCUGCAGCGGAAGGUGGAGCUCUGGUCUAAGGCACUCAGCCCCGACCUGGAUGAGGAGGGAGAGGGGGAAGGGGAGGAGGAGACGGACUCAGGAGGGGAGCCCACCUUCCCCUCCAACCUGAACUUGGAAGAGCAGUCCAUGUCCGACGUGGGCACCUCUGCCAGCGACUUCGACAGCACGGGCAACUCCUUGAAUGAGGCGGAGGAGAUCGAGAUGAGAGAGCGCAGGGAUUCAGGUGUGGGAGCGUCCCUCACCAGACCUUGCAGGAAGCUACGCUGGCACAGUUUCCAGAACUCCCAUCGUCCCAGCUUGAACUCCGCCUCCUUGGAGAUCAACCGCCAGUCCUCCGCUCAGCUCAACCUGCUGCAGAAGUGCUCGCUGCUUCGUCUCACCGCCAUCAUGGAGAAGCACUCUGUGCCGCACAAGCAGGCCUGGGCCUGGACUGUCCCCAAGUUCAUGAAGAGGAGCAAAGCCCCCGACUACAGGGACAAAAUGGUCUUCGGGGUCCCGCCAAUCAUUAACGUGCAGAGGACAGGGCAGCCUCUGCCGCAGAGCAUCCAGCAGGCCAUGCGCCACAUCCGCAGCCAGUGCCUGGACCAGAUUGGCAUUUUCCGGAAGUCGGGGGUGAAGUCUCGGAUCCAGGUGCUGAGACACAUGAACGAAGCCUCCCCCGACAACGUGAACUAUGAAGGGCAGUCGGCCUACGACGUGGCUGACCUGCUGAAGCAGUAUUUCCGCGACCUGCCAGAGCCCAUCUUUACCAGCAAGCUCACCGACACCUUCCUGCAGAUCUAUCAGUUUGUCCCUAAAGAGCAGAGGCUGCAAGCUGUCCAGGCAGCCAUCAUCCUGAUGCCAGAUGAGAACCGGGAAGUGCUGCAGACAUUGUUGUACUUCCUGAGUGACAUUGCCUCAGCUGAGGAGAACCAGAUGACAUCUGGGAACCUGGCGGUGUGUCUGGCCCCAUCCAUUUUUCACCUCAACGUGUCCAAGAAGGAGAGUACCUCACCCAGGAUGAUUCAGAAGAGAGGCACCAUGGGAAAGCCUGACCAGAAGGACCUGAAUGAAAACAUGGCUGCCACCCAGGGGCUCUCCCAUAUGAUCACAGACUGUAAGAAGCUGUUCCAGAUACCCCACGACAUGAUGCUUCAGCUGGGCAACUCCUACGUGGCAGCAGACGCCCACCCGCUCUCGCUGGCUGAGCUGAUGAGCCACAGUUUGCAAGGGGAGGGCAAGGAUUUCCAGGCUUAUUUGGAAGAUAACGUGCAGAAUCUGCUCAAAGAGUCCUCAGAGAAGUUCAAAGGGUGGCUCAGCACCGCAGGGCCCCAGAACACAGAGCUCUCGUGCAAAAAGGUUGGUGAUGGACAUCCGCUGCGCUUGUGGAAAGUCUCCACGGAGAUGGAGGCCCCUCCCUACACGGUGCUGCAGAGGGUACUUCGGGAGCGUCACCUCUGGGAUGAGGACCUGCUGCAAGGCGAAGUGAUACAGGCCCUGGACGAGAACAUGGAGGUUUAUCACUACGUCACGGACAGCAUGGCGCCCCACCCCCGCAGGGACUUCAUCGUUCUCAGGAAAUGGCGCACGGACCUACCGCGAGGGGCUUACCUGCUGGUCUCCAUGUCACUGGAACACGAAAAGCUGCAGGUGGAAGGAGGGGUUAGGGCCGUGGUGUUAACAUCUCAGUAUCUGAUUGAACCGUGCGGGAUGGGUCGGUCCAAAGUGACCCACGUCUGCAGAGCUGAUCUCAGGGGCCGGUCUCCCGAGUGGUACAGCAAGGUCUUUGGACAACUUUGUGCCAUGGAGCUGGCAAGGAUACGAGAUUCUUUCCCAGUGCUUAGCCCAUGUGGCCCUGAGACAAAGAUUUGAGGCGACUGGAAGAGGCUCACUCCUGUUUGAUCGUGAACCUCCCAGACAAUGUGGGGUGGAGCAUGGAGAGGGAACCUGGCCAUCAGCAGGCUGUUGGCAUCUGGUUGGGCGGGGCAGUGCCUUUCCGGGCACAUGAGCAUGAGCCUUCCUUUGAACCAACCACCAACCCUGAAGGAGCCAAUAGUUUUUUCCAUCUCUGUGUGAUCCCUUUCCUCUUACACACCAGGGACCUUCAGAGCUGUGCCCAGUGGCAUGUCCUUGUGGGCACCAGGGGCCAAACGGAAGCCAUCAUGUCCUGCUUCCAGACUGCCCGUUGCUGGUCGAAAGGCAGCAAGAAUCUCCUCCCUAAAGCUCUGAAGAGCAGCUUUGCAGAAACGAACCAGUGUGCUGCUUGUGGGACGGCUCUCUCCAGCAAUCGUCCGCCCGCCCACCAUGGGGAGAGUGGAGCUGGGGAGUCCAUACAGCAGGCUGAGCCGUGAAGCAACUGGACCAGAGUCAGACCCAUUAACCCCCUUUGCCAGACUGACCAUGGGCUCACCCUUUCAGCCCAGGGACUGGACUCAGCGACAAGAGCGACGGUGCUUGAAGUGACCAAGGAUGAUGCUGAUGUGUAGGAGAAGUGAGAGAGGGCGGAGCUGGUGCAGCGUCUGUAUGGCGGUGUGUGGUGUCAGGAGGAGUGUCUGCUGGGGAUGUUACAGUGUGUGUGAGCUGUACCUAGCAGCGUGGCACGCAGGCAAUAAUAGUCUGAGGAGCUGGUUAAUGUCAGAUGGAUGCUGCUGUUAUUCUGGUUUAUAGUUAAUGACCGCCAUGUGGUGAAUGGCAAAAAGGAAGCUAUUUUACUCUGGGUGCUGAAUUUCACUGGGGAAGGAACUCCAGGUCUUUCUACUUUCUACUUGAUCAGACGCAGGGAAUCUCUAGCACCCGUUUUUAGCACAAGGCCAUGUAGACCGAUGAAUGAGGGUGCAAAUGCUUUGCUAACCAGGGACCCAGUCCUAAUCCCCAUGGAAUCCAGUGGGAACCUAGCCAUUCAUUUUCAUGAAUUGGAUCAGAUCCAAAUUUGAUGAGUCCAAAUUUCAAAGCAUUCACCCUUGUCCUGUGUGUCAGCUAUACAUGGGGGGUUGCCAUUACAAGGUGGGGGUGAGACCAAAAUUGCACAAUGCAU